AUUUUGUUUCAAGUUCCGCUACUGACUCCAAGGGGCCGUUAUGAACCUACAUUUUAUGGACAAUUGAUAGCCAGUUGUCCUUUGUCGUUUGAUGCUUCUGUUCUAGUUCUGAAAUUUGGGAAUGCUGGUAUGAUACGUGAGGGCAUAUUGCUGGGUAUAAUCAUGGAUACACAGCCUUUACCCAUUCUUCAUCCAUUUGGAGAGGAAAUAUUGUUUUCAAAGCAUAUUGCUAGCUACUUUACUGACCGAACAAUCUUAGCCGGUCGAAAGGAGAUGGAAUUCAUGGCUAACUUCUGUGCAUUUGAAUUUUGGCAGCAUCUUUUCAGGGAUAAGUAUCGGUUUAACCAUUUGAAGCAGGUUCUAGAGAUUGAGAAUGUGUAUCCUACCAAAGCACUGAUGCCUAAGCUUAAGGAAGAUUGGUGUUCUCUCCAUAAUCUCUCCCAGUCAUCUCUGCAUCAGACCUUAGAAAUUUAUGAUGAUUUGUUAGGUUCAGUACACCGGUUGCGGCCAAAAUUUUUGAGCUCUUUUAGGGGUUUGCCACCCUAUUUUGAUCCUUACGAAUAUGAACACACAUGCUUAGUAACAUGCCAAGGAGAUGGGAACAUAGAUGGAGUUUCUGCAUAUGAGGAAGGCAUUAAAGCAACAGGUGAAACAAAAUGUGCUUCUGUGCCAUAUGUCACUUCAGAAGAAUUUCACAGUUAUGAUGUGGCAAGAAUGUUCACUAAAAUUAUAAAAGAGGUAGUGUAGUUUGAAAUUCUUGUACAUACAAUAUUGGGAGCACACAAGUUAAAUUAUGUUGAUUCUCCUUGACCAUUAAAUUAUGUUGGGAGCACAAGUUAUAACACAAGUGGUGUAUUAAUCUAAGG